AUGGCAGUUGACACAGAUCACUCGAGCGACGAGGGCUCCGAGAAGCGCCGCAAUGUACGAAAGCGCGCCCAGCAAUGGAUGACCAAGGGGGCCCUGGUGCACGAGGACUCCGAUGAUGAAAUGGGCGACGAGGACCACCCUUGGGACUGGGUCUAUGCUACCGAAGAGGCUGAGGUCAAGGAAGAUCCAGAGACGAGCAAGGCGAGCCCUGAAAAAUCUCGCCGGCGACGAUCAUCCCGCCCUGCGAAGAAGGGCCCGGCAAUUGUGGGCGCACGAAUGGGUUCGUUCGAGUGCAGACUGGGCGAGGUCGUGCUCCUUAAGUCUCCCGAGAAUGGCAAGGACUGGGUCGGAAUCAUCACCGAGUUCCUAGAGGAGGAAGACGAGGAUGAGGAAGAGGGGGUGAUCAAGUCGGUCAACAUCAUGUGGUUUGCGUCGCCGGACGAGUUCAUGUCCACAAGGAACAAGCAGAGAACGGAUGCACUGCCCAAUGAGCAGUAUCUCACAGCGGAUUUCAACAUCAACCCACUCACAUCGAUCAACGGCAAGGCAACGGUCAUGUCGAAGGACGCAUUCUACGCAAAAUACCCGAACGGAGCUCCGCCAAAGGACAAAACACAACGUGCCGAAUUCAGCAAGUGCAUCGUGUGUCGCCGGGGCGUCAACCAAGUGCAAGGUCGAUACACCGAUGAGUUUAACUGGGAGCAAGUCUACGGAGAUCGCAACGUUCAUCAACUCAUCAGCAUGGUGAAGGACGGCUUGAAAGCGGCGCGCAAGAGGAAAGCGGCUGACGACGAGUAUGUCGACACCAAGGACGAGACUGCCGCUCCAUCCACCCCGAGGAAACGACAAAGACUGGCCGCAACCAACACUACACCAAAAUCACAGCGCAAGAAGGCUUUGACGACACCCUCGAACAAACGGAUCGUCGUAAAGAAGCCUCUUGAAUUCACGCCGCUGGGCACUCGCGUCCUCGAACCAUCUCAUUUUGCCUCGCCCUACCGGCAAGCACGCACAUUACUACAUGUUUCAACAGUCCCAGAAUCCCUUCCUUGUCGAAAAACCGAGUUCAAUACCGUCUACAACCACCUCAGUGCUGCUAUCAUGGAAGGCACCGGAGCUUGUAUCUACAUCUCAGGUACCCCGGGUACAGGUAAAACCGCAACUGUGCGAGAAGUCGUCGCCCAACUCAAUGGUGCCGUGCUGGCAGAGGAGAUGGACGAUUUCAUUUUCGUGGAGAUCAACGGCAUGAAAGUCACCGACCCGCAUCAAUCUUACUCUCUCCUCUGGGAGGCAUUGAAGGGAGACCGAGUUUCUCCUUCUCAUGCGCUUGACCUGCUCGAACAAGAAUUCUCCAAUCCUUCGCCUCGCAGAGUCUCCUGCGUCGUGCUCAUGGACGAGCUGGAUCAGCUGGUCACCAAGAACCAGUCAGUGAUGUACAACUUCUUCAAUUGGCCCGCUCUUCGUCACUCCCGGCUUAUCGUCUUGGCCGUGGCGAAUACUAUGGAUUUGCCUGAACGUACCCUGAGCAACAAGAUUUCUAGUCGUCUCGGUCUCACCCGUAUCACAUUUCCCGGAUACCGACACACAGAUCUCAUGGAGAUCAUCAGCACUCGUCUAGCCAGUGUCCCGGGCAACAUCGUCGAUCCAGAUGCUAUUCAAUUUGCUAGUCGUAAAGUUGCUGCUGUCAGCGGUGAUGCGCGUCGCGCCCUGGAUAUCUGCCGUCGUGCCGUUGAAAUCGCUGAGCAAGAAGCCGAUGAAGCUGCCAACGCAGAGUCAGCAAGCAACGACGCUGCGGAUGAUAUUCCUCCAACCCCGAGCAAGACUCCUGCGCGACGCAACAAAGCGCUCACCGAGAAGGGAGCAGGUGAUUCACCGGCCCCGAAACCGGCCUCCGGUAAAGGUCAACCUGGUCGUGUUACUAUUGCAACUAUCAAGCAAGCAAUCCAGGAAGCAACUUCCACCCCACUCCAGCAAUCACUGCGCUGCCUGCCUAUUUCGGGCAAGCUCUUCCUUGCCGCCCUCCUUGCACGCGUUCAACGCACUGGGAUCACCGAGUCCACAUUCGGCGACGUCCUCGACGAGGCACGCCGUAUCGCUGAUGCGGCCGUUGCCGUCGCCGGUGCAGCCGGAGCGGGCGUCAAGGACUUCCUACUUGGAGGAGGUGCCGCAUCCCGAGUGCGAGCUCUCGGCUUCGCUGCCAUGGAGCUUAUGAAUUCUGGCGUCCUGGCGUUGGAGCAAGGCUCCGGCACGAAGAACAUGCUUGGCGGCUCUACAAUUCCUGCUCGUGGUGACCGGAGCAGCAAGAUUCGGCUUCGUGUCGCACCGGAGGAUGUCAAGCUUGCAUUCCGGGAGGAUGUGGAAGCCAAGGGCUUUGGUAUGGGGAUUGAGCAGUAG